AUGCUUCCAUCAAAUAGUAGAAAAAGACAAAGAAAAUCUGAUCAUGCUGUACCUGGUGAUGAUGGUGAUAAUGAAUUAAAACAAUUAGCCUUUAAAGCAUCUAAAUUACCACUUCAUGAAUUAGCAUUAAGAAUCAAAUCAAUUGAAAAUGAUGAUUCAAUACCAGAAACAAAAGCAAAUACAAGUAAAGAAAGACAACGUCAAAUUUUUGGUAUGGUCUGGUUACUUAAUUCUUGUGAAUCUUCUGCAACUGCAGUGGUUCCUAGAAAUAGAAUAUAUGCAAGAUAUGUUCAAAUUUGUGCAGAUAAUAGUUUAACUCCUUUGUCCCCUGCAAGUUUUGGUAAAUUAGUUAGAAUUCUUUUUCCAAAUUUAACUACAAGAAGAUUAGGAAUGAGAGGACAAUCCAAAUAUCAUUAUUGUGGAAUUAAAUUGGUAGGUGAUCAAAAUUUUCAAGGGGGUUCUCCAAUAUCUAACUCAUCAUCAUCUUUUGGUAUUGACUCUCCUCAAUCUUUAAAUCCAAAUAGUCCUUCAAUAUCUGGAAGCCCUGCACCAACUGCAAAUUCAAAUUUAUUAUCAACGCCAGUUAAUUCAAUUUACAUAACUGAACAUUUUCAAUUACAUACCUUAAGAUAUAUUCCAAAUUUAUUUCAGUUAAUUGAAGAUUCACUUAAUAUGGAAGAUAUGAACUCUCCACUUCAUUUACCUUCAAUUUAUCCCUACUUGCCCAAAGACACUGAUUAUGAUAUUGCAGAUACUUUGUAUUCUUUAUAUAAAGUUCACUGUACUUCAAUUUUUGAAAGUUUAAGAUAUAUGCAUAUUAAAAAAUUAUUUUCAUCUUUUGCAAGCUUUAAUAGUAUUUUAACUGCCCCAGUUUUUAAAUUAUAUACCAGUGAACCAGUUCUUGAAUGGGUUAAAGAAUGUGAUUUGGCUAUGUACAGGACAAUGGCUAAAAUGUUAACUAAAUUGCACUUACAAAGUGUUCCUGAUGAAGUUUUACAACAAUUAAAACAAGUUUCAAAACAAUAUGUUAAUAAAUUAAGCGCUUCAUUACAGACAAAGGUUCCAAAAAAUUUUAUGAACUUAAAAUUGAAAAAUGCAAAAAAUUUUAUUGCAAUUUUAUCAAGAUUAAUUAAAGUAAUUGAAACUGGUCAAUCAGCUGGAAGAAUUUUGAAUAAUCCUUCUGAAAAGCAAGCAAUGGUUGAAGAUUGGUUAAAAUUAGAUAUCAAUGAAAUUGUUUUAAGAGAGGUUCCUUGUUCUAAAGCUAAUAUUGAACUUUUGUUAAGUAUUUUGAGUAAUGAUUUUAUCAAUUUAUUACAAAUGGAGCUGGAUAGUCAAAAAACUUCCUCAAUUAUGAACAAUUGUGCUAGUUUCAUUUCUUCUUUACCAUCAAGAUUUUCUAAAACAAAUCCAAGACUUUUCAUUUUGGUUGUAUCCAAUCUUCUCACAACUUGUCUUCGAGAAAUUAGUUUGAACGGUGGUCAAGGGUUUGGUGCAUGGUGGAUUGUUAGAUGCUGGGUUGAUGAAUACUUCAAUUGGUGUUUUGAAUUAGGUGGGUUUCUUCAAGACGAAUUCCAGUAUUCGUUCGAAUCAAGUCAUCAUCACAAUAAUCGCCACGGUGCCACUAGAACUCAAAGUGAUACACAAGCUGCAAAUAUCCUCACUGAAGCUGUUCAAGGUGUCAACCCUUCCACUAAUUCUCAAACUAAUUUCUUACAAUCAAAUCCCCAAAUUCAACAAUUUCAGCAACAACAAAGUCACUAUGAUGAUAAUACUUCUGAACAAUUGAGAAGUACCAGCAUGGUUGAUCUUUUGGAUGGUGCUUAUGGAACUGACCUCAAAGAUGAGUCUCAAAAUCAAGAAUUGAUCUUGAACUACGAUAAUGUUGGUGUUGAAAACAUUUUGGGUAAGAAUGAAGACAUUUUGGGUUGA